GAUGGAUGGAUGGACACCUUUCUAAGUAGUUGCCAUGCCUUAUUAACACAUGGGAAUGGGAUCCCAAUGCGUUGCCACGAUUUAGUAAGGCGUGGGAACGAGAUCGAAAUUCAGUGGAAGUUCAUUGUUUAUCUCUUUCACCCACAAUCAGCUUCUGUCUCUGGUGGUCUUAACUAACUAGAGCUGUAGCGCUGCUCUGCCUCAGGGGGGAGUUGUAGCAGUCUGGCUUACCCAGUUGGUCUUUCAUAGUCUAGAAACCGUAACUCUGCCUGGAUUCCUCUGAAAAUCUUCACAAUGAGCUGCAGCAGAUCUGAAAACCUGAAAACUCGCCCAGUUUCCCAAGAGUUUCAGUUCCUGAAGCGUCACCGCCGCUAUGGUGAGAGUUAGCAACCAGCAAAUAUGAGACAUGAGGGGGAUUCCACACACGGACAUCAAGUAUGUUUAGUGUAAGAGGGACAUUGUGUAAUUUAGAUUUUUGAGUAUCUAAAUUAUCACUUUAACCGUCUGACACAUCCAGAACCACGACUUUCACCACAGUCGCCUUUUUCCCACAGAGCUUUUAUCAUCUGCACAGCCUGGCGCUUCUCGGCCUGGCGCUUCUCGGCCAGUCUCAGAGGAGUGGGCCGUUCUCAUGCGUUCCUGGGCGGACGAAUGUGAUUCUAAAGCCUCAGCUCAGACGUGUUGAUGAGCUCAACCACAGACAUUACAGCAAUGACACAUGGCCGAGACCACGGGGUCGCCUGAAGCAGCUGGCUGAGGCUAAUGGCUACCAGCUAACCCCAAGAGACUGGCUUUUCCUUAAUAACUCAUUACAGUCGCAUGUCGGUGCUUUGGCAGUAAACUGAACUAACAGACCUCAGGCUGCAGCCCCUACACAAGAGGACGUGGAGGUGGCCUGUGUGAGAAAUGGGUGGUGUCCCUCAGUCUCCCUCACUCUUCAUGCGGCUGCUCUGUCUGACCGCUCUGUGGUCCAGCCCGCACGCUCAGGAGCUCAGGUCCACCAGGUGGCCACUCUAUUCCCAGAAGCCUUUUCUGCUGGCCUGGAACGCCCCCACCGAAGACUGCGGCCCGCGGUACGGCAUCCGCUUACAGCUGGACCAGUUCCAGAUUGUGGCGUCUCCGAACGAGGGCUUCGUCAGACAGAACCUGACCAUCUUCUACAAGGAACGCCUGGGUCUGUACCCGUACUACAAACAGGACGGGGCGUCUGUGAACGGCGGCCUGCCGCAGUUGGCCAGCCUUGAAGAGCACCUGGCCAAAAUGCGAAGCGGCAUCGACAAGUACAUCAGAGAGAGUGCGAAGGGGCUGGCCGUCCUGGACUGGGAGGAGUGGAGACCCCUCUGGAUCCGGAACUGGGACGCCAAAAACAUCUACAGGGAACAAUCCCGACAGCUGAUCUCUGAGAAAAACCCCAGCUGGUUGCCGGAUCACGUGGGCAAGGUGGCGCAGCAGGAAUUCGAGCUGUCCGCCCGCAGGUUCAUGCUGCAGACGCUGCGUCAGGCGAAGAAUCUUCGUCCCCAGCAGCUCUGGGGUUUUUACCUGUUCCCCGACUGCUACAACCACAACUACCGCGGCAACCAGGACAACUACACGGGCCGCUGCCCGGAUGUGGAGAUGACCCGUAACGACCAGCUGAUGUGGCUGUGGAUGGAAAGCACAGCUCUCUAUCCCUCCAUCUACAUGAGCCGAAUGCUGAAGGACCAGACCAGCAGGAGGCAGUUUGUGAGGAACCGAGUCAGAGAGGCGAUGAGGCUGGCAUCUGUCGGCAACGGAACCGCUCGGCCUGUGUUUGUGUACACGCGGCCCACGUACUCUAACGAGGUCCAACCACUAACGGAGGUGGAUCUGAUCUCCACUAUAGGGGAGAGUGUGUCCCUGGGGGCUGCUGGUGUGAUCUUCUGGGGUGACUCCAUCUACGCCAGCAGUAACGUCAUCUGUUCCAGUCUGAGUGGUUACCUGCGCGAGUCGCUGGGCCGUUACCUGCUGAACGUGUCCUCGGCAGCGGAGCAGUGCAGCCGGUUCCUGUGCGAUUACCACGGGCGCUGCCUGCGCAGACGGCCCGACACCGACACUUACCUGCACCUGAGCGCAGCCUCUCACACGCUGGAGCUGCAGGGCGGCCGGCUGGUGGUGCGUGGCCAGAUGGGGCCGGAGGAGCAGGCCAGGCUGCGCGAGGACUUCCAGUGCCAGUGCUACACCGGGUACACGGGCCCAGGCUGCAGCAAGAAAGAGAGCUAUAACGGAGCUGAAUCUGCCCGGACCGCUCACCAUACCGGCCUGCAGGGGGCACUGGUGCUCAUCCUAAUGCUUGUGCUGGGAUUUCUGCAGUGAGGAGCGGAGAGACGGGGUGUUGGAGAAGCAGCACUGUGGAAAACCAUGGAGAAUCCUCCAUGCUGGAAUCCAGAUGGUUUGAAGCUGCCUUCACAUGUUGGUCGGAUAUUUCCCACCUGCAGAGUCGGAAUUACGAACUCGGAAACGUGAAGAAUGUCAGGAAGCUGCUUAGGAAAACUUACUUUUGACGAAACUGGAAACUGGCCGUGCAUUCAUUUAGCAACAACAGUCGUGUGCAAAAUGUUGGUCAAAUGGCGUUUUGUUAGUUUUCUACGGGAAAAUAAGUUAAAAUCUUCUGCAGAAACACAUUUUAAUGCACAGUUACUGUUUAUUUGCUUAAACAUAUUGGAAAAACAAAUAAAACGUGAAAUGUGGCCGGUGCAGAAGUUAGGGCACAUUUUAUGUUUAAAUUUUUAGGUUAAAUUCAGAAAAUUAUUAUAAAUUGUGGACCAAAAUUUUGCGGAAGGUGCCAGUUUUAAGUUUAUUUCCUGCAGAGGAAACAAAUUUUGACGACGAAAAUCAACAAAACGUGCAAUUUAACAUUUUUUUGGGCUGUUUGAACUUUUGCAUACGCCUAUAAAUAAACCUCCAGUUUACUGCAAACUACAACUGCCCAGCCCAUUUGAUGAAUACCCCGCUAACGUUAGCUCGUAGCUAGCCUGUUCUAUUUCCGUGUCUUUUUUUUCCCCACGUACUAAAAAUGUGCGCAGCUCAUAAUUACACAUGUGAGCGAAUACCUGUUGCGUAAUUGGUGACGAUAAAAAGUAAAUUAAAUUUAGAAAAGUAAACCGUCGCUGUCGACCACUGAAAACAGCAGUUACUUCACUACGACGGCUGAAAACAACUUGGGCUUUAAAUGAGUUUCCGAAGCUCCUGCUUGUGUUCAUGACUUUAAAGGAUGCUAAGCUCAACUGUUCAGGUCGGGAAGUCGUGUUUAUGGUAAUUCCGACAGCACGUGAAGGCAGCAUGAGCCGGGGACAUGAUAGCAGAGAAGAGACAUGAAGAUACGAUACCAGAGGACUUGUAGAGGGAAGAACUCUCACUCUAAUGUGUUCUUGGCCUCUCAGACACUAGAGGGCGCUCCCGAGCGAGUCCCAAAUGAAUGGGUUGAUAUGGAGCGCUUGAGCAAAGUCAUAGUUUAUAAACGCUGAAACAUCUCUAAUUUAAAAGAAUGCAGUCGUUUCCUGAACAGCGAAUAUCAUAAAACAUUUUAACACCGCUGUUAUAUUUUUAAGAGCUUUUAAACUCGAGCUAUGAGUUUAAAACAGCGCCUUGUUUAUGUCCGUGACGUCAGUGAGCCCGAACAGCCAAUGAGCUGCUCCGCUUGCCUGUCAAUCAUCACGCUCUAGCAGUAAAGCCCGCCUCCUGCUGCCCAAAACCCGUUUACUGUAGAAAAAGAAAUGAUACAGCUGAGAUUUCUUUGUUUUUUUAGUGAAACACAUCCUUCUACUUUCUAAAAUUAAAGAAACGUUGAUUAGAGACUAUUUUAACUUCUCGUUUUCAGCCGUUGAGCUCCAUUCACUCCCAUUCAUUGAGGACUCGCUCGCGGGCGCCCUCUGCUGUUCAGCAGUCCUGUUGUUGAUAUAACGAGGGAAAUAGGAAGCGGCCAGCCUCCUCAUAACCCGGCUCUGAGAAUACCUGCUGCUUUUGAGUAUUUUAGUGUAGUGCUCCUCGCCCCCUGCUGCACAGGAGGAUGAACUACAAGGAAAAAAGAUUUUACACUGUGCCUGAAACGACGGAUUGAGCUUGUUUGAGUGUUUGAGUCCCUGUAUUAUGAUGUGUGCUUGGCAGUGUCGUCUGUAUUCGGGUCAAACUCGUUUUUUAAGUGCUUUUGAAACACAUUUUAAUCUUGGGGAUUGUUUAUUGUUCUGCCUUAUCCUACACGAUCAGGUCACGGCGUGUCCGUAGGCGGCGCACAGUUCAGGCCUACCGCACGCAGAGGAUGCAAUACUACAGACAAAGACUGAGCGACUCCAAAGCUUCACCCAAAGCCUCCAUCUGACCGCUGCUGGAUGGUGUCAUGGACGUUUCACAGGUUUCUGUUUCAUCCACUAAAGCACAGACGUUUCGCCUCAAAUUGUGGUUUUUCCAUUUCACUAAAUUUCAGCGUGAUGUUGUAUUUUUUUGCGGUGGGAACAAACUGGAAGGCUUUACGUGCCGAUUGUUUUUAUUUUAUAUAAAGUUGCAGUUUUGUGAAGCUGCCUGUUGGAAAACAGUGAGGGGUGUGUGUGUGUGUGUGUGUGUGUGUGUGUGUGUGUGUGUGUGUGUGUGUGUGUGUGUGCGCGCGUCGAUGUUUUUGCGAUUUAGGUUUAUUAGUGCCUCAUAAAACGAUUUGCCUCGUUCAGCCUGAAGAGACGUUCACUGUAUUACUUUAUUACAAACCAGGCAAAAACACCAAAAGCCCUUACGUUAAUGUUUGUGUCGCCUCCUAUUGACGUUUUUCAAGCCAAACCUGUUUGUUUUUUUUGUUUUUUAACCAAAGUGACAUUUCUGUAUGUGGUGCAGAACCAAGGGCUCCUUUGCUUUUGUGGGGAAAAAAGUGUUUUAUAUGUUGGUGAGAAUUCAAAGGGCAGUAAGUGUGAUUUAUUAUUUUUAUUAUUAUUGUUUUCUACAAUUAAAACAUGGAUUUCAUAGUUGUGA